AUGAUAUUUUCGACUUUCGAACAUAUAUUAACUCAUAUCUCUUUUUCGGUCGUUUCCAUUGUAAUUACGAUUUAUUUGAUGAGCCUAUUAGUCGAUGGAAUCGUAGAACUAUAUGAUUCGUCAGACAAAGGCAUGAUAACUACUUUUUUUUGUAUAACAGGAUUCUUAAUUACUCGUUGGAUUUCUUCGAGACAUUUCCCAUUAAGUGAUUUAUAUGAAUCAUUAAUGUUCCUUUCAUGGAGUUUCUCCAUUAUUCAUAUAGUUCCUAAAAUAUGGAACCAUAAAAAUCAUUUAAGCGUAAUAACCGCGCCAAGUGCUAUUUUUACCCAAGGGUUUGCCACUUCGGGUCUUUUAACUGAAUUACAGCAAUCCGCAAUAUUGGUACCUGCUUUAAAAUCCCAGUGGUUGAUGAUGCACGUAAGUAUGAUGGUAUUGAGCUAUGCAGCUCUUUUAUGCGGAUCAUUAUUAUCAGUAGCUCUUCUAGUCAUUACAUUUCGAAAAAACAUAGAGAUUUUUGGUAAAAGCAAUCAUUUAUUAAUUGGGUCAUUUUCCUUUAGUGAGAUCCAAUGCAUGAAUGAAAGAAACAAUGUUUUACGAAAUACUUUUUUUCUUUCCUUUAGAAAUUUUCACAGGUAUCAAUUGAUUCAGCAAUUGGAUUAUUGGAGUUAUCGUGUCAUUAGUCUAGGGUUUAUCUUUUUAACCAUAGGUAUUCUUUCGGGAGCAGUGUGGGCUAAUGAAGCAUGGGGGGCCUAUUGGAAUUGGGACCCAAAAGAAACUUGGGCAUUUAUUACUUGGACUAUAUUCGCGAUUUAUUUACAUACUCGAACAAAUAAAAAUUUGCAAGGUGCAAAUUCCGCAAUUGUGGCUUCCCUAGGAUUUCUUAUAAUUUGGAUAUGCUAUUUUGGAGUCAAUCUAUUAGGAAUAGGGUUACAUAGUUAUGGUUCAUUCACAUUAACAUCUAAUUGA